GGUUUUGAAGGUAUUCCUGUCCCGAACUGCUCAGCGUAUUCCAUACAUGACAGGUGGGCGAGUGAUGAGGAUGCUGGCUGUUAUUCUUCUGAUAGUCUUUUGGUUUCUUGUUGGCUGGACUUCUGCAAUAACCCAAAAUUUGGAGAGAAACAUUCCACUCAUUGGCCAAGGGCAAACAUCUGACCAUUUAAUCUUCAAUAUGUGCCUCAUAGACCGCUGGGAUUACAUGAUGGCUGUUGCUGAAUUUUUAUUCCUCUUGUGGGGUGUUUAUCUCUGCUAUGCAGUGCGGACAGUCCCAUCAGCAUUUCAUGAGCCACGUUAUAUGGCUGUUGCAGUUCACAAUGAGCUCAUUAUCUCCGCUAUAUUCCAUACAAUUAGAUUCAUUCUUGCUUCAAGACUUCAGUCUGACUGGAUGCUGAUGCUGUUCUUUGCACACACACACUUGACUGUGACAGUCACUGUUGGGCUGCUUCUGAUCCCUAAGGUACUCAAGUCUCCUGUCUCUUUCUUUUGA